UAAUGCAAAAACAACCUCUAAAAUUGAUAUAAACUCCAUCCACAUAUGUUACUAAAACACCUGAAAAGGCAAUUAACACAUCACCGUUCAGAGGAUGUAGUGUACAAUAGAUUAGUCUAUUUUCUAUUAGUUUAGUGACAAAUAGUAGAUGACCCCUUUGAAAUACAAUAUGGGAUACCCUUAGGUUCAACAAACAAUUAACCAAAAUCUAUAACCUUAAUUUCCAUAUUAUGAGAAUACUUCACCAUUUCGUUAAGAAACAAAGGAAUAAUUGUUAUAAAGGAUUUUGAAUUUGGAGGAUAAUUUACGAGUAAUAAAUAGGAAAUAUGAUUAAUUAAAAGAAGAAUUAGAUAAGGAAAGGAUAAGAAAAUGUGAGACUGAUAGAAGUUAUUCUUAGCUAUAUUAAAAAUGUUAAGAGUAAUAAUUAUUGUAUAAGAGAAUAGUUAUGAGAAGGAUUUUUAGAAGUAAUAAUAAAUGGUUAAGGGAAAUGAAAAUAAGUAUAAAUAGAUAUAGAAAGAACUAAUAGAGUAUAAGGAAAAGUUAAGUGAAAGAGAUAAUGAGAUAAUAGAGUAGAAAACAGUUUAAGAGAAAUUCUAAAGGAUAUUAAAAUAGAAAGAGAAAGAGAUAAAUGAAUUAAAAUAAAAAUUAAAAGAAGAAAAAGAUCUUAGAUUAUGUGAAAGUGAUAGAUUGAUAUAAGAAUUCAGUUAAACUUAUAGUGAGUUAAGUCAGUAGAAUGAUUAAUUAAUUUAGGAAAAUAAUGAAUUAAAGAUAGCAAUUUUAGAAUUUGAUAAUUAAGGUAGAUCAUUAUCUUCUAAAAAAUAAUCAGAAUAGAAUUUUUAAACAAAUACAGAUUUUUUAGAUGAUCCAGAAUUAAGAUAAAUUAUAUAAGAAUAUUUAACAAAUAAUGAUGAAUAUUAUUUACAUUAGAUACCUGAGAAAUAAUUAAGAACAUGUAUUUAAAUUAUUAAGGAUAUAUUUUAAACAAUUCCAUCUAGAUAAUUAAAAGAAAUCAAAUCAUAAUAAUUUUAACAACCUAAAUAAAUCAAUGAAGAAAUUGAAAUAAAUUUAUAAGAAGUAAGAAAAAAGAGAGAAUUUCUUAUUAAAGAAAUCAAAUAAAAGAUGGAAAGGAUUGUUAAAUAAAAAGUAUAUAUUUAUAUAUAAUUAUAUAAGGAAUUUAAUAUAAUGGAAUUUAAUGAUUUAUAAAGAGAAAUUGAAGAACUUAAAAAAGAAUUAAGUUCUAUUGAGAAUCUGAUUUAACAAAUGGAAUAAUCAUUAUUAUUGAAUCCACAUCGAAAUAGUUGUGUUUCAUUUGAUAAUGAAGAAUUCUAAUGA